GGUGGAGGUGUGUUGUUAUUUAGUUAACUGUUUACCUCGGGCAGAAAUCACAUCUCCCAAUUUGCGAGUCCCCACAAGCAACUCGACACGCCGCAGACGAUGCUUUUAUGAAAGAGGACAGGUGGAUUCAGCAGGGAACAAUGUGGAGCAACUGAGGGGAAAGGGACAAGGAAGCAAGGAAAGGACACCAGGAAGCAGCAAGGGGGACAAAAAAACAGAGAGAAGAAGAGAAGAGAAGAAAAUUGCCAAAUUUGGAACUCCGCGAAUGAGAAUACCAGGAUGAUCGUGAGACACGGGCAAUGUGUGUCCAGACUGAAGAUGAUCAGUCCUCCAUAGGACUCACUUAAUACACACAUACGAUUAAACCCUACAGAUGCAUUUGAAAAGCGUCAGGAGGAUGUAUGGCUUUGAUGGACGUUGGACAUGGGCACACCGUUUCCAUCUCAUCAUCUGGCUCCUGCUGCUGGCAGCAGCUCCACCCACAGCACUUAGCUAUUUUUUUGGGGACACCAAGGCAGUGUUAAAUGGCUGUGACAACCACUGGACCCUGCGAGACAGGACAGCCAAGCCAUUGCUCAGACAGAUGACCGUGUGCAUGGACAUCCGCGUGGUGAAGCCUGGAGCCUGGGUGGCCUUCUCUUACAGCACCGGUUUCGCGCCCAAGCCUGAGCUGGGUCUGGAGGGAGAUGACUGGGCGCUGUACGGGUGGCUGCUAAAGGUCCGACAUCGGUUUCCUGUACAGUUGUCACUAAACGACUGGCACAGAGUUUGUCUCAGGAGGGACGCAACACGCAAUUCCUUCAGUCUGGAGGUUAAUGGGACGGUGGUGGCAGAGAGAACUGUUAUCGCUCAGGCCUUCCGACCCCCCUCUGGUCGCCUCUGGCUGGGCUGUGGUACCACAAACAGACCCCGGGGAGGCAAACUCGGAAGCGUGGAGCUGUACCUUUUCCGAAUGUGGGCAGAUUCGAGCAAGCAUGGCGCCUGUGAGGACGGAACCGUCAUUGGCUGGAAUGCUCAAUACUGGCAUGUGACAAAUUCCAAAGCCGUGAAGAAAGAUCCCAGCCUUUCGUGUGGUGUCACAAGCAUUGAGCUGCCAAAAUUUAACUACAUCAUCCGAGAGGCAAGAUUUCUGUCAGAAAGUCCAAAGCGUUGUGGUCGUCGAGAUUUCCUGUAG